CCCGGUACAGCUGAUGUAGGUUCGGUUCGGUGGUGAUAUUUCGGACUCUCAUCGCAGGAUCUCCGGAAUAGGGUAAAACGUUAAAAAUGUUUGGAUUACGAAAGUUCUGCGAUGGUCACAGACUGGUGAAAAAUUUGACGACGAUUCUUCUCAGCGGAAUCUCCUGCUCGUUGAUCGUUUACUCUCUGAUUGUCCAAGCUGGUGACAUCAUCACUUCUGGUUGUAAGAAGAUUGGGUUUUAUAAUUACUGCUUUAACAAUGAAACCAGCGCUGGAUGUUACUGUAUCACCCAACUUAAGGACCUCCACGCGGUGGGUUUUCCAGCCUCAGAAGGGCUCCUGGUAGCUCUUGUCUUGACGUACUCUUCCCUGGUCACUUCUUUCGCAGGAUUCCUGGUUUUAGGGCUUGCUCAGUAUUUUCAUGACUGUACCCUGUGGAUGUUUGCGCUUGUGUGCCACGCUUUAGGCCUCACCAGUCUCUUCUUGGGUCUGAUCAUGAAGCUCAUCAUGAUGGGCAGGUUUCUGGAGCUUUCUCAGCUGAGCCAAGGUUUCUUGGCUUUGCUGUUGGCCAUCGCUGGCCUUUGCGUGCUCUGUUUAAUCAUGAGACAUUACGCUAGUUUGAAAAUGAAGAACUUGGAAAUCUAAGCAAAGACACCAGGAUGGAGAAGAAUGAUUUCUGACUGGCGAUACCAGCCGCUUCUCAUACGACACUCUGUGGCCGCGUGUAGAAUUGCGUGUGCGUGUUCCUGUAUUGGUAAUGUACCCAGGUAAUAGUGAUUAUAGGAUGAAACGAUUACUGUACAUGUAUUAGAAACACGACUUAUGUGUAUACCAUGGGAGCAGCUGUCUUAACGUCCGUUUCUCGGGAUCUCCAUUGUUAUUCCUCCUGACGCUAUCGCUCCCCUAUUGAUAAGUUGCUGAUAGUUGUGGUUUGGACCAGGCAGCCUUUGUAAGGUGGGGGGAGUGAUAACUACGCAACAAAACGUUAAUUAGAUAAUGCCAAUUGUGUCAUAUUUUCACACAGAUCUCCGCUUCUGUGAUUUACGUUUAAACCAAGUAUCACCGCCUGCCAAACUCCUUUUCCGCAAAGAACAAUGGCCUCCGUUCCUUGUCGACAGUUCCCAAAACUGCUAACCCUUUACUAUCCGAAGAGAAUCUUUACAUUGUGAAAUUACACUUUCAGGCCGGAGUCAUGUUCUUAGAAAAAAUUUAGAAAAAAUGGUUAUUUGGGUUUUCUUAAUUAUUUCAGAAUUGACUCUACAGAAUGCUAUAAAACGGCAUUUAUUUAACUGGAGCAACUGAAUUAAACUUAAAAAAGAAAGGUUAACAGAA